CUUGCAUAAACUUAAAGAACUUCAGAGAUGAAACCCAAAGCAGGAAGAAACAUGCCACCAAUGUACUGGAGGGGAACACACUGUGUCAUGUGAAUAGACAUGACAAAAACAGCCUUCUUUAAAUUACUUUUGGCAAUUGUGAUCGCAUUCAUUUUAAUCUUGCCAGAACAUUUUAAGACACCAAAAGGAAAUAUAUUGGAGCUAUCAUGUCUGGAAGUGUGUUUACAACCUAAUUUCAACUAUUCACUCCCCUCUUUAAAUUUUUCUUUUGUGACUUUUCUGAAACCAAUAAAAGAAACUCAGACUAUUAUGGGAAUCUUUCUAAAUCACUCCAACUUUCAAAACUUCACCAGAAUUUGCCAAGGCAUCACGAAUGAAUUUAAAAUGUGCUCCUCAUGUUUGGCUUGUGAGUCCACAAAACUCAUGGAUUUUAUUUCUCAGGAACAAACAUCAAAAGUUCUUACCAUGAAAGGAUCAACGGAAGUGAAGGCAAAUGACUUUCAUUCACCUUGUCGACAUUUUAACUUCACUGUAGCUCCUAUAGUUGACCACUUGGAAGAACAUAACAUUACAUGUAAUCUUAAAACCCACACCAGAACGUCAGCAAUUGUGGAAGAAGAUCCAAAGGAGGAAAAGUCUAUGAACCAUACUUGUAGGAUUAUGGAAUACCUGAAUAAUUGUACACACAUUUCUCUGCACCUAGAAAAGGAUGUCAAAAAUUUCACUUGUUCCAUGAAGAUCACUUGGUACGUUUUAGUUCUAGUUGUUUUUAUAUUUUUGCUCAUCCUCACUAUCCACAAAAUACUUGAAAGCCACAGAAGAGUGUGGAAGUGGCAGAGUCAUAAAUACGAACGUACAUUUGUUCUCUUAAAAGGAAAGGAUUCUGAGAAACUGCGAACACUGAACGUGCGGGUCAUUUCAGACAAAACCAUGCUGGGAGUCAAAUCACGGCCAAGGCUUGCUUGGGACCAAGCAGAGACUGCCCUUGACUCCGGUCAAGAAAGUGCUUCCUCCAAUACCAGAACUAGAAGUUACUUCCACGAUGCAUCUGCAAGAUCAGUAUACACGAAUAUCCCUCUGAAUUCCUCCGGACCAUUUGGACUAAACCCUUUUGAAGAAUACUCAUAAUUUUAUUUCAGGAAUGAGUUAACUAGUAAAUAUAUGGGUCCAGCUGAGAAUGCACAAUGGGAACAGUAGGAAUGGUCGCUGGCUGAUGAAAACUGGCUCAAGAGCAUUCAUUUGGCCCAUGAGAUAAAAGAAAUCAGAGUUUUUUCAGGAAGCCAUCAUGAGUCAUGGAAAACAAGCUGAUGACACCCAUAAAAACAGCAAUGGAAUGCUUCCUCUCCUUGUUUAUCUAUCAUUAUACAACUACAGUGGCCUCAAGAUUUUGAUAUUGAAAGGAACCAAAAACCAAGGUCAAGGAUGAAAAUCCUUUCUCUCAUUAGCCCACAUUGCAGAUUCUGAUUUGAUGGGUUUUCCUAUACAGAGGGAUUGUUUCUAUUUGGCAAAUUACUUAAGAGGGCCUGGGUUGUUUGUUAAUGUAUUUGCUUGGAUUUAUAAAUUUUGUCUCCUUUUGGCACUGAGGAUGCUUUAAAAAAUUCAAAGAUACCAAAAUCAAAUGACUUUAAGUGAAAUACUAAGUGAAACUUGAAUAUUGAAACAUAAUAGCAAAAUGUUUCUUCUGAUUCUUUCAGCAUUCAUAUUAUUUAUAGCUAUCACUGAUGUCAAGAGUAGUUAUAGUUGUUAAUUACAAUAAGAGUACAUACAGACAAUUUUUAACAUUGAAAAAUAUAAAAAUAUCUUUCCAGAAUUCAGGUGGAAUUUAAUCUCCUGGCAUCAUUAUAUGGUUAAAAUUGCUUUUCUGGGAAGAUUUCUAGAUUUUAAUGGCAGGGUCAGGUUUAAUAUUAAACAAACUAACAGGAAUGAAUGAUUCAGCAUACAGAGGGUUUUUUGGUAUCCUCUCCAUCUCUCCCAUCCCCUCUUCUCCCCUCCUUACCUCUCCCCUCCUCUCCUCUCCUUUCUUUUUCUAGAUCACAAACUGAGAUUCUAAUCAUAGCAUUUAAGUUUUGAAGAUUUGGAAAAUGGAAUUCUACUAGUCUCACUUUUUAUUGUCCCUGUAAACUUGAUUAAUAGGUCAAGUUCAGGUCUGGGACUAUUCAGCAGGAGUUGAGGGAUAUCACACUCCUUGAGGGAUAGAUAUUAUAUGAUUUCUAAUAGGUCAAAUUAUUGUUUCCUUGAACAUUGCCUAUUAUGUUCAGACAAAUGACUUGGAAAUCAAUGGGAACUUGGCUUACAAAAGGCAUCAAUUAAGCUUCAAAUUCUGUUAAAUUGUGGCAGCUUCCUGAAAGCUAAUUUCACUUAUUUAUUGAAAUAAUAGACUUUAAUAGAUAUUGUGAAGCAUUCGAACAUGUGGAUGGCCUGGUGUCUGCCUGCAAAGAAUCUAUACUCUAGUAGAGGAGACAGGGUACACUACUCCUAGUUAUAAUGCUAGACACAAGGGUAAGAUAGGGUAAGAUAAAUGUCAUCUACAGGCUCCACGCUUCCUGCUGAGAAUUCACAGGCCAGUAGAAUCAUUUCCAGCUGGGGGUAAGCAGGGUAGGUUUUUCAAGAAGGUGGCUUUAAGCAGCAUUGAAGAUAGUUUUUUUCUGAUCUUUCUGAAGAGGUGGAAUUUCCCAAGUAUAUACUUUCUCAGCCCUCAUAACCCUUUCAAUAUCUGCUUUUUACAAUUAUUUUCAUGGUUAUCAAUUAAUGUCUAUCUCCCUUUCUAGACUGAUUCUGCUCACCAUAAUAUUCCUGGAAGCUGGCAUGAUACUUGGCUUACAGAAAGUUCUUAAUACAUAUUUUUUGGAUAAAGAACAAUUUACUGAGCCCCUCUGUAUGUCAGGCACAUGCCACAGAUAGUCUCACUUCUUCCUUACAAUGAUUCCUGGAGACAGGUGUCAUUGUCCCUAAGGAACUGAAGCCUGAGAAGCUCACCAAUUUGCCUGUGAUCUCAGGAACAAUAUGUGGAUUCAGUCCUAGACUGAAGUAUAUAAAAUAUGCUUUUGUACCCAGCCACUUUUGUGGUUAGUAUAGCAGGAUCAUGAUUUGAGUGGUUCUUAAGGAGGGGGGAGGAAUUGACCAUCAGAAUCCAAACAGGGUUCCGUAAGUAUGGAAGAGGAAGAAGAAGAAAACCGUCAGGUGCCUCUGUGAAUGUUUCUCCUCAAUUCCAAGGAGAUGUGCAGGGAGAUGUGUUUAAAAAUAAAACACAGGCUUGGUUUUUCCCCCAGAACAAUCUCUUGAGGCGUGCUAAGGCUAUUCUUUAAGCAUGUCUCAGUGCCGAAACUUUCAUGAUGGGUCUCCACAAAGUUGUCACGGCAUCAUUAUCUCUCUCCAAAAUUAUGUCUAUUUUCAGAUGGACUGUAAAAAUAGCACAUCUAUUUUCACACAGAAGAGUGGUAUCAGUGUGUGAUAUUACAAAAGCAGGCACAUCUGUAAUGAAGAGCCACACAGUAGGCAUUAUAUUUCUUUCAUAACUGUAUGCCAAUUUCCUUUUAGGGAAUUACCUUUGACCCAUGGAACAAUGUCUUGAUAGGACUGUUAAUCAAAGUUUCUUGCUAAUCAGCCAACGGAUGACAUGUGGCCAGAGCUAGACCAAUUUGACCUUCUUUAUCAGGACUUUGGUUUAUAGGUGCAAUGAUGUACGGGCAAGAAAAAAAUGACUGGAGCUUAUUCAUUCCAGCAGCAGAGUUGAGUCAUUCCUGCUUUUAAACUCCCCAACACACCCCGAACUCCCAUCAAACUGCCUUGGUUCUGAGUCUGGUUCUCUAGCCUUCCCUUUGAUUCUGUGAGCUACCAAUAAUAUCUUUGUAAAAUAUCCUUUUCCUGCUUAAGUUUCCAGACUUGGCUUCUGUUGCCUGCUGAAUAUAACAUCUAACAUCUAUUUUACUUAGUAAAGUCAUAGGAUGUCUGAGCUGUAGGAAAUCUUAUAGAUUAUCUGGUUAACUCCUCCAUUUUACAGCUGAGGAAAACCAAAGCUCUGGAGGCUGAGGGUUUCACCCAAGUUCACAUCACAGAGCUUGUCAGUGACAGAACUGAGAUUAAGACAAGGGCUCGUUUGCCCAGGGAACUGGAGUCUGCUUUUUAUUUUAAUUCCUUUUUAGUACAAACCAGAUCCUCCUUCUCUGUCUCUCCUCUCUCUCUGAAAUGCUUAAUAGAAAAUAGUGACUUAAAAAAAACCUUCACUCCUCCCCUCCCCCAACUGACAAUUUGCUCUGUUUAGUUUAAACACUUGUUUCAGAGAUAGUCCUUUCUGGGAUUUGGCAUCUGGUAAUGACAGGCAUCAGUUUGUAUCCUUAUAUGGAGCCUUGAUUCUUUCUAGCUGUCUUUAAAUGUUUAUUUUCCCCUUACAUGAAAAUAAUGUUGGGACAGGAAGUGGUUUGCUCUAAGGAAGCGUAUGGGGUGGGGUUCUCAAAGUGAUUAUUUUCCACUUCCAAGUCUAACUUCUAGCCAUGUGCAUUUGGGGAGAGACUUCCUUUACUCACACUAAAAGAUAUAUAUAUAUAUAUAUAUAUAUAUAUAUAUAUAUAUAUAUAUAUCUGCUCUAUUUUUUCAGUUGCUUUAGGGCAGUCAUAGCUCAUACGAUCACUGCCAAAAGGGCCAAAUGUUGGGGUAGGAGUUGGGGAGGGUAUUAACAAUGGUUCAGUAGUCUCCCCUUGUCUGUGGGGGACAUGUUCCGAGACCCUCAGUGAAUGCCUGAAACCACGGAUAGUACCGAACUCUAUGUACACUAUGUUCUUUCUACACAUAUACACCUAGAGUUUAAUUCAUAAACUAGGCACAGUAGGAGGUUAACAAUAAUCCUGAGAGAACAAUUAUAACAAUAUACUAUAAGAAAAGUUAUAAGAAUGUGGUCCCUCUCUUGAAAUAGCUUACUGUACUCACCUUUCUUCUUGUGGUGAUGUGAGAUGAUAAAAUGCCUCCUUGAUGAGAUGAAGGGAGAUGAAUGAAUUAGGCCUUGUGAUGCAGUUUUAGGCUACUUCUGACCUUCUGGCGAUUCAUCAGGAGGAUCAUCUGCCCUCCAGACCACCGGUAACUGAGACCGAGGAGAGUGAAACCCGGAUAAGUGGGAGCGACUGUAGCACUAAUUAUGUGCCAGCCACUAUUUUAAACACUUGGUACUUAUUAGUUAAUUGGUUUUAUAUCAUACCACUCACAGCUGCACCUUAUAUCCCCCCUUUUGGAGCAUUUCAAUGCACAAUCACAAACUAAAAUGUUUGUGAUGUCCCUAUAAUUUUUUUAAAAAUAUAAAAAAAAGAUUUAUUAAUGGUUAAACACAGUUUCCAGGAAAAUCCUUUUUUUCCUUCCCAAUUAUCCCUAAAUACCAGUUUUGAAUCAGUAGGUAAGGACUAUUAUCAAUCACCCCAAUUUACAAGUGUAAAAAUUAAGGCAGAGAGGUUAAGUAACUUACUCAAGGUCACAUAGCUAUUAAGUGGCAGAGUUGAGAUUUGAACCCAAGUGGUCUAGGUUUCAAACUCCAUGCUCUUAACCCUCUGUUGCAUCUUAAUCUUGGACUCUCUAUGUAGGGAAGGGAAGUUUCUUUUUCUUGGGAAAAAAAUUAUCCAAGACAAAUGCCUUUCAUAAGCAUUUCUAAUGGGGGUUUUGUAUCAUGAAUCUCUGUGUUCCAACAAUGCUUGGAGGCUACAAACAAUACUCUACCACAAGUAUUGCUAUGCAGCAAUGCUUCUCUUGUGUCUACCCAUGUAUCAAAGUACCUUUGCAGAACUGGAUUAUUUGGUGGUUGUGAGAAGACUUGCACAGAUUGAAGCUUUGGGUUCUAGAUGCUCAUAAAAUAGGCUCAACAGGGGCACCUGGGUGGCUCGGUUGGGCGACUGACUUCGGCUCAGGUCAUGAUCUCACAGUUCGUGAGUUUGAGCCCCACGUUGGGUUCUGUGCUGACAGCUCAGAGCCUGGAGCCUACCUGAGAUUCUGUGUCUCCCCUCUCUCUACCCCUCCCCUGCUUAUCUCUGUGUCUCUCAAUAAUAAAUAAACGUUAAAAAUUUUUUUGAAAAAAAAAAGCACGAGAUCUUGCCAUUUCUAACAACACGGAUCAAUCUAGAGAGUGUAAUGCUAAGAGAAAUACCAUAUGAUUUCACUCAUAUGUGGAAAUUUAAUGAACAAAACAAAUGAACAAAGAAAAAAACAGAAAAAAAGGCUCAACAAAUAAUUGUUUAAUAGAUUACUUAUCGGCGGUAAAAUCUUUUAACUCAUCUCAAGAUCCCCUGUGGUGAAAGAUAGUAAUUACAAUGCACAAACACCUACACAUGGAUGAAGAAAGGCUGUGAAUCGAGUCCCUGGAAAGUUUCUUUCUGCUUACUGGGUUCAAACACAUUUUCCUACUUGAAAUUUGCUACACAGAGACAGGAUAUCAUCUCUAUUCCCCCGCCUAUUUUGGCAAACGGAUGAUAUAGGUUUUAUUUUUUAAACAAUUUAUCAUAACA